AUGCUUAGAAACAACGAAGAACUUUUAAAGUCAAAGUUUUCAUCAACUUUUACCCACAAAAAGGCCCAAGAACAAUGGUCAGAUAUUGCUGAAGCUUUAAAUGCUAUGCCAGGAGCAAAUAAAACUUGGGUGCAAUGGAAAAAGACUUCGGGAGAUUUAAAAAAAAAUGCCAAAAAGAAGAAUUCAGAGGUAAUCCAUUUUAUGAGGGGUACAGGUGGUGGACCACAGCAACAAAUAUCAACAACAGAGGAUGAAGAGGCAGUGAUGGAAUUACUUGAAACCACUGCUGUGGAAGGUGAUGAAAAUGUCAUGGAGUCAAGCGCUUAUUCACUUCCUGAACCUAUUGACAAUAUUGAAUUUCAAAUUUUGCCAAUACGACCGAGCAUUAGCAGUUCUGAACAGCCACAAACUGAGUAUUCCGCAGUUCAAGUAGAAAAAAAUAAACCAGUUUUUCUACUUCCUACUAUAACCAGUCAAAAAAAGGACCACCAAAAAACGACACUGAAGGCACGAAAUCUGGAGAGUUCCCUCAAAGCAUCAGAAGAGUUAUUGACGCAAAAUGAGAAAAUUCAGGAAAAAUAUUAUGAAGCAAAACUGAAAAUACAAAGCGAGAGACUGGAAAUAGAAAAAGAAAAUUUAAAAUGUAGGAAGGAAGAAAUACAAUUGAAGAAGGAGGAAACAGAAUUGAAAAAGGAGGAACUAGAAUUAAAGAAGGCUGAAAUUUCUGUAAAAAAUAGAAUAGCAGAUGCUCUGGAAGAAUUGAUAUAA